AUCUUCUAAUGGAGAUGGACACCACCAUCUUGUCUGGACAUCAUGGCUCUACUAAAGAAUCAACUCCACAGUCUCAGCCGAUACAGGAACAGAAUUCUUCUGAUAAUGACCUUCAGAUUUUACGUAAUCGAGGUAGACUUGAAAACCAUGUCGUUAACACCACUGAACUGAUUGAUGAUCCAAAGCGGAAAUCCUCCAGCAGUUUUGUAGACUUACUAGAGGACUCCCUUAUACAGAGAAUUGAUAGUGAUGUGGAGGCUCAUAAGAUUAGUAAUAACUACUUGUUUGGAUUUAAGAAAUGGAAAGGACAUGUGACAGAUAGACCGUUAAGUUCACGAUCAGAGGUCGUACAGAAUCUGUACGAGGAUUUUGACAAGAUCCAACCAGUAAAUGUUUCAACAUUGCGUCCAUCUAACUUGCUGUAUGUGUUGCUGUUUGGAUGGUGGCUAGCUUUGUUGUACCUAAUAGUAGGCUGUCUUAUGUUUCUCUCUGUCGUGGGCUGGAACUAUGGGGUCUACUGCUGGAUGCUAGCUAGAUACUUCCUGUGGCCAUUCGGAAAGUUUGUUCAUCUGCUGAACUUUAAAGCCAUCACACAGAUAAUGUUCCUGCCUCCCCAGAAGCUAAAGGUAGAAGACUACAGUUAUAGGGAGGACCACCAGGAAAGUGAAAUUCUGAUGUAUACUCACCAGUCUGUGUAUCUCUACUACUACAAGUACAGCGUGGACGGCAUGAACAUCAUCCUCUUCAAUUUACUUGUGUUUGUAAUUCUUGCCUUAGCUUUAGGAUAUACUGACCCUGAGCAUAAGAUAACCACUGGGGUCACAAAAUGUAUUCUGGGAGUGUGUGCCAUCAUACCAUUAACCUACUACAUCGGUCUGGCAAUUAUCAGUAUUGCUGCUCAGAGUACCUUUACCAUAGGAGCAGUUCUGAACGCCACCUUUGGGUCUGUUGUAGAAAUAAUAAUUUUUGUCCUGGCUCUGUCUAAAGGGAGUGAAGAAGGUUCUGGUUGUUAUGUAGAACUGGUGAAGUCUUCUCUCACAGGUGCAAUAGUGGGCAGUCUACUCUUUAUACCGGGAAUCUGUAUGGUUGUUGGAGGAAUCAAAUACCACUCCCAGCGAUUCAACCCCCGGGCAGCCAAUGUUACCGCCCUUCUGUUGUUUGUAGCAGUUGGAGGUGUGUAUGCUCCAACUAUAUUUGCAAAGAUCUUUGGUAACAUGCACUGUAAAAGCUGUGUAAAUGUGUAUGAUGAGAAUGCCACUGAUGUUACAUCAAACUCGAGUUACUCACUCCACUGCAGUGAGUGUCGCAGCUCUGUGUCUAGCCUAGAAGGCGAUUCUUCACUGUACCGUGGACACGUGAAGCCCCUGGUGUAUGCUUGCUCAGUGUUACUGCCCAUAGCCUACAUCAUAGGGAUGAUAUUUGCACUGAAGACGCAUUCUGCCAACAUUGCUCAGCAUGACCAUUCUGGUGACGUGGAAGUGAAGGGGGAGCAUCAUAAAGGUACCAGGCAUGGCACACCCUCUUGGUCAAGGAUAAAAAGUGCUAUCAUUCUUCUGGUCAGUGCUGCACUCAUUGCACUCUGUGCUGAAUUAGUGACAGAAAACAUCCAGGUGUUAAUACAAAGUUCAGGUGUGUCAGAGGUAAUUUGGGGUAGUCUUACUGUCUGUGUCCCUGUAUACCUGGUCCUCAUCAACCUUAUACAGCCAUUCGGAUUCCUGAUCCUGUUCAAUGACAUCCAUUUAUGGUCUGUUGUCUUCUCGGUGAUUGUUAUCAACUAUACGUUCCAGGACGGCAAGAGUGACUACUUCCAGGGGUUUACACUUGUUACUCUGUAUGCCAUACUCUUGUGUACACACUGUCUGCCAUGUAAGGAACAGACCCUGUUAUCAGUUCAGUGUUGUACACCACUAUCUACCAUGUAA